GGCGAGCAUUAGAUGGUUCGGGCAUGUUAAGAGGAGAGGCACCGAUGCUCCGGUGAGGAGGUGUGAGAGGCUGGCAUUGGAAGGCCAACGGAGAGGUGAGGCAGGCCGAAGAAGUAUUGGGGUAAGGUGAUUAGGCGUGAUAUGGCGUUACUCCAACUAACUGAGGACAUGACCAUAGUUAGGAAGGCGUAGAGGUUGAGAAUAAAGCAAGGUCCGGUGGGACAAAAAAGUUGUUGAGUUGGGAAAACUAUUUAAGGAAAAUGACUAUAUCGGAGAAUGGUUAGAAUAAUCACAAUGUUGGGAAGCCAGCCUCGUGGACUAGCUCUAUGGUUUUUUUUUUCUGUAUUCAUAGGCCAUGCUAUUUGAGUGUCUACUGCAGUCUUGCACAGGUCCUUAUGAUAUGAGAUCCGGGUAAGUGAACCAUAUUCACUAUCUCUAUGAUAAUUUGUGUAUUCGAUUCAUCGUGGAAAUAGCUCCUACAUGUAGAGAUCUUACGCGAUUUCAAUUUUGAGGUCUAACCUGCAUGAUCCAACCAUGAUCACCAACAGAGCCUAAGACUUUAAAUUGAUGUCGAGGAAGUAGAUUAGUGCACAUAGCAUGAAAAGUUUUAUUCUUGCAAUGAUUAACCAAUGCACAAAGAAAGUAGUUCAAAUGUUUUUUCUGUUGUAUCACUAUAGACAUUAUUAUGAACGGUCUUUGCUUAAAACGAAGAUCUGUGGAGCCAUUAGUUUACAGUAAUUGUUUCUAUAUGCAGGUCGAACAUGACACAGAAGAGGUCUAUGCUGAAACUAUAUUGUUGCCAAAUCAAGAACAAAAUGAGCCAUCAACUCCAGAGUUUUGUCCGCUUGAACCUCCAAGGCCCCAGUAUCAGUCAUUUUGCAAGGCUUUAACUACCUCUGAUAUAAAAAGCAACUGGGGAUUGUCUGUGCACCGGAAAGAUGCUAACAAAUGCUUCCCUCCCCUGGACAUGGCGCAAGAAAAACCAACCCAAGAAUUGAUAGUCAACGAUCUUCAAGGCAAUGAAUGGCGCUUUAAGCAUGUAUUCCAAGGCCAACCUCGGAGGCAUUUGCUCACAAAUGGCUGGGGUGCAUUUGUUACUAGUAAGAAAUUGCUUGCCGGGGAUUUAGUUGUGUUCUUAAGGGAUGAAACUGGCAAACUACAUGUCGGGAUUAGGCGUUUAUCUUAUCAAUGCAACUCCGUUGGAUCAUCAACAUUUUCAAGGCAAAGCAUGGAAGGGGUUCUUGCAGUUGCUUCCCAUGCCUUUGCAACCCGAAGUCUCUUUUCUGUCUACUACAAGCCAUGCCACAAUAGAUCAAGUCAAUUUAUUAUGAGCUUGAGCAACUAUUUUGAAGGUGGAAACCAUGGGCCUGGGGUUGGCACGAUAUCUAGAACGCAACAGAGCAGUCUGGAUUCUCAUGUGAAAAGAACAAGUGGUAUGGACCAGAUGUCAUUUCCUCAGGGUCAACACAUGACAAAUCUUUUGCUCGAGGAGGAUCAAUAUAUGCAAGACUCAGAAGCAAUAUCCAUUUCUGCUCGACCUACUAUGAUGCCUUUGGAGAUCGAACAACAGUCAGUUGAAUCGCUUAACAAUAUCCAUCAUAUAGAGGACAAUGUACUGCAACCGCAUACAGCAGUUGCAAGGGAGAAUAACGAGGGAUUUAUUCCGAACGAAACUGUGGCCAUCCAAGCUCAAGAUGAGAACUUUGAUGAGUUAUUCAAAGAAACUGACUUUCCAGACUUUGUAAACACUAGUCUUGAUACUAUAACUUUGGAUUGGGAUAGUGAUCUCCGAUCCACUAUACAAGAUUUUGAUGAAUGGCUUGAAGAGCAAGAAGAGACUAAUCCUCCCGGUCUGCAGACUUGUUCAGAAGAUCACUCGAGACAGACUUCUUCCAUAUUAGAGCAACCAACAUCCUCCCAAGUGAUGUCUAUUUCUUCUACCCCAAGUCGAAUUCCCUAUAAAGGACCUGGUCGUGGUGACGAGCAAGUUCCUUGGGGAAGAUAUCAAGUAGCACGACGAUGUUUACCAAUACUCAAUAGGGUUGUCUCGCGGUACCCUGAUUCACUCGUGAACUUCAAGGUUGCAAGUAGCAUAUUUCAGUCACUGCAUUUGGAAAUACUGGCAGAACUAGUCUACUUUCUUGAUAAUCUUACAGUAAUGAACUUGUCCAAGGAUCAGUUCAAUGUUGCUGGGCAACAUCUGUGGGACUUAAAGUUAAGUGGCAUUGAAUUAGGAUGGCUUGAAAAGCGUUUAGCACAUAUCGAUGGAGCAUUUAGUAUGGAAAAUUUACUGCAACGGCGACAAGCAGUCACACUUAGAAUGGGGGAGACUUUAGCUACAUUUAGGCAGUUGGAUGAGGAGCUUGGACGUAUAAACAAGGAGCUUCAUGAACUAUCUCUAAAGGUUGGACCAAAUCCCCCCAUGAGAUUCCACCCUGUCUUGGAGGGUCUGUUGUAGCUUUCUAUUUGACUGCAUGGUAAGGAGAAAAAUCCCAGCACAGUCCACUAUCUUUGGACGUAGGCUCAAAAUAAUCCUAUUUCUUUUAUGCCAAGUGCUAAUAGUCCACAUUCUUUUACCAAGUAGUGCACUAAUGGUCCUUUCCUAAACAUAUGUGAUUUUUAACAGAGAUGGUCAUGCGCGCCUCAUGUGGAUUUUUCUUUCGGAGCAAACUAAAUCUUCUCUUUAUCUUACGUCAAAAUUGAUCCCCCAUUUCUUUCCCAAGUUUUUUAGAACCCUUGUUUUCAAAUUGGCGAGAUACCUAUUAGUAAACGAGAGAUUUUAUCCGUUAAAAUUCUCAUAGACGUUUGGUUUAGAACUGGAAGUGCACCACUUUAUCAAAAAUGUGGACUAUGAGGAAAAAGUAGGAUCGUUUUGAGACUAAGUCCAAAGAUAAUGGACUAUUUUGGGUUUUUCUGGCAUGAUAAUAGCUCUUGUUAGUGCAGAAUGAGCUCUAGGAGUUGUCUUUUGGUUGGCACCAUUCUUUAAUAUGUGACAUUGUUGUGUUCUGUUGCAAAUUCUUGCCUUCUUGUAUACUAGAGGAGUAAAUCUCUCCUUUUGUGAUAAGUAUAACAAGGCAUUUGCAUAUACAGUCAAACCUCUCUAUAAUAGCAUCGUUUGUUCCGAAUA